UUCAGCAGAUAUAUAUUCGAUCCCCUUCCCCCCGCCCGCUUCCCCGCCGCCGCCGCCUCCAAGCGCCCCCGCAAGAAAGCUCCGGCGAAGCCAACCCCGCGCGCCGCAGCCAGGCAGGCAGCAUCAACCAUGGCGGACACGAAGGCGGCGCCCGCGGUGACGCUCCGCACGCGCAAGUUCAUGACCAACCGCCUGCUCUCCCGGAAGCAGUUCGUGCUCGAGGUCCUCCACCCGGGCCGCGCCAACGUCUCCAAGGCGGACCUCAAGGACAAGCUGGCCAAGCUGUACGAGGUCAAGGACCCCAACUGCAUCUUCGUCUUCAAGUUCCGCACCCACUUCGGAGGCGGCAAGUCCACGGGGUUCGGCCUCAUCUACGACAACCUCGAGGCGGCCAAGAAGUUCGAGCCCAAAUACAGACUCAUCAGGAACGGUCUUGCUACCAAGGUGGAGAAGUCGCGCAAGCAGAUGAAGGAGAGGAAGAACAGGGCAAAGAAGAUCCGUGGUGUGAAGAAGACAAAGGCUGGCGACGCGAAGAAGAAAUAAGCAAGAUGUAAUUGUGCUUUAGCAGCCCUGAGUCUUGGUGCCCGCCUGUUCAUCAGAAUUUUUGUACGCCCGCCGCGAAAUGCUUUAUCCACCGCUAGCGAUAGAAGUUUGAGCAGUUUCGUUGUCUCCUGUCACAUUUGAUUUGAGGCUCUCCCUUGUAUUUGACAAUGAUUUGACAUGAGUUUAUGCGAGAAGGUUGCAGCUGUACUGGGACAUUGUGA